UUGACUUUCAUUUUGAUACACCUUAUCAUUUGACCAAGUUUUGUUUCUAUGUAUAGUACAUAUGAUUAUUUGAGACAUCUUUAAGACCAUUGAGUUGAAUUAUUCCGAUGAAAAUGGCUUACAAAAUAUUUGGCAUAUUGUUGGCAAGUUUUGUAUGUUAUGUGAACGGUGCUAACCCACCGCAUACAACCAUACCUUACUAUGAUCACUCGGAGUCCAGUCAGAUAAAUUUCAUGUUUGAACCUACUCUCAGUCAUUUCAUUACACGAACAUAUAGCACGUGCUUUUUGGUCAAGUUAACGCACGAUGAAAUAGAUCAUAUCCACUCCUCCAGAGGACUUGGGGAUCUUGAGUUAAAGAUGAUGAGAGAAUGGGUAGGCCAGCUUCCAGAGACGAGAAUAUAUCAUGAUGACCCGAACCUUCCAGAAUAUACACGUAAUUACUGCUCCCGUCGUGACAUGUUUCUUCUAGAAAGAGGCGAGACUGCCACACAACCAAGCUCUAUUCUAGGCUGAAUGACAGAAUAAUUCGUAUAAACUACAUACAAUGUAAUUUCUACAGUUGUAAUAAAUCUAUACAACAAAA